AAUACACAGCCACACUAGCAAGAAAAUUAAUGAAAAACACAUGAAGAAAACUAUUUUUGCAUCUAAUUAAAUCAAGUGCAGCGUGCUUUUCCCAGCGCCAGUGAUAACUUCAAGCGCCUUCAGUUGAAGUUACGCCCAUCGCGCGACUUUCGAGAAAAUCUUCUUUUUGGAGGCUUACACAAAGGUAGUCCAGGGAUUUUAAGAUCGCCAUGGACUCAGCCACGAAUCUGCUGGAGCGCCAGAGCUCGACGGACAACAUGAGCAACGCCGAGGUGGAGGUGACCACCAACGUUAAGACCACCUUUGGCAUGGACUCUGCCGGGAACUCCUCCGCGGAGGCGGUGACCACCACCACGGCCACGCUGCGAGGCAGUGGCAGCGACGAGGUGGAGGAGGACAUCUUCGAACAAGUGAAGAUGAUACUGCGCAAACGUCGCGGCUGGGGACCCGAGGAUUCGCUAAGCGCCAAUGACUUGGAUCUACUGGAGUACGACGACGAGCUGGGCGAGGAGGAUGAUGCAGGCUGUCCUCUGCCCUCUACCCCCGAGGACACACAGCUCAUUGAGGCGGAGAUGACGGAAGUGCUGAAGGCUGGCGUUCUAUCCGAUGAAAUAGAUCUGGGCGCACUGGCCCACAAUGCCGCUGAGCAGGCGGAGGAGUUUGUUCGCAAGGUCUGGGAGGCUAGCUGGAAGGUUUGCCACUAUAAAAACCUACCUAAAUGGCUGCAGGAUAACGACUUCCUGCACCGUGGUCAUCGCCCACCUUUGCCCUCGUUCCGCGCUUGCUUCAAAUCGAUUUUCCGUGUCCACACGGAAACGGGCAACAUCUGGACACAUCUGCUGGGCUGCAUCGCAUUCAUUGGCGUAGCUACUUACUUCAUAACCCGACCGUCGGUGGAGAUUCAAACACAAGAGAAGAUCGUUUUCGGCGCCUUCUUCAUCGGGGCCAUUGUGUGCCUGGGAUUCUCGUUUGCCUUUCACACACUUAGCUGUCACUCCGUAGAGAUGGGAAGACUGUUUUCUAAACUAGACUACUGUGGAAUUGCGCUGCUGAUCAUGGGCUCCUUUGUACCCUGGCUGUACUAUGGCUUUUACUGUCAUUACCAGCCGAAGGUCAUAUACCUGUCGGUGGUGUGUGUGCUGGGCGUUCUCUCCAUCGUUGUCUCGCUAUGGGACAAGUUCUCAGAGCCGGGACUUCGGCCAUUGCGCGCGGGCGUGUUCAUGAGCUUUGGCCUGUCCGGUGUUAUUCCAGCGAUUCACUACAGCAUCAUGGAGGGCUGGUUCAGCCAAAUGAGCCGCGCCAGUCUGGGUUGGCUAAUUCUCAUGGGCCUGCUCUACAUCCUGGGUGCUCUUAUGUAUGCACUCCGUGUCCCCGAGCGCUGGUUCCCCGGAAAGUUUGACAUUUGGGGUCAAUCUCAUCAGAUAUUCCACAUACUGGUCAUUGCGGCCGCCUUUGUGCAUUACCAUGGGAUAUCCGAAAUGGCAAUGUACCGAGUGAUGUACAGCGAGUGCACCGUUCCCAUAGAACCAAUAACCUUCUAGAAGCUGGAGUGAAAUGCCAAGGAACAAUCAUCAGAAAGAGUAACCACAUACAAUCCAUGCAUAAUUACUCAUAAAACAUUAAUUAAAGCGAACUAGCGCAGUUUUACAAUGCAGCCUUUUUAGCGUUUGGUGAGCAUUUGUACCUUGUUAUACGAGUCCGACAGAAGCAAAUUCACGACACAAAGAAACAUAACUUCAAAUUUAUGCGCAUUUAUCAUCAAGAUCCUGCUAAAUUUUAGAAAUGAAUAGUAGCGAAACAGUUGAUUGUCGAAUGGAUUCUCCGCUAGAUUAAUUAAUACAUGUACAAUUAUUUAUAAAA